AGCGCUGAGCACGCGUCUACAGUUCCGGUGUGACUCACGCGGCUCUGCAGAUAAACAACACUAUUCAGUCAGUGUGUGUUUGAGUGCGGACUUGUCCACAAGUGGUUGUCACCAUGAGUCAACUUGAGAAGGUAGCUUCAAACCUGGCAGUCAACUAUGUGGUACCCCACAUCAGCGGCAUACCUGGGGUCAAGAAGGUGGUCGGGUUCCGAGAGUCGGGAGUCAAGAAAGGGUCCAUAGCCGCGAUGGCACAGUCCUACCAGGGGGACGUCAAGGCCGGCUCCACAUUCUCUAGGAUGCAGUCCGAGUCUUCGGCCAAGGUCGGGGGAUACGCUCGUCAGCAGACCACUGCGACUAGUCGACACAGCAGCGCUCCGGGGACCAAGCCGUCCAGCGGCAAGAACUCUAGUGGGCCCAAGAUGUCUCACACCUCCAACAAAAAUUCGUCCUACAAGAAUAAAUCUGGGAAAUAAUAAGACGCUAUUUUCAACGGGUAGUCACUCAUCAUUCCAACAUUAAUCACGGAUUAUUGAAACUCUGUUGCCUUCUAAUAUGUUGCUUUUAUCUUUUAUCAAAUAAAAAUUGAUAUACUUCUUACAAA